GCAGCAAGCUCAGUCACCUCACUCUCCACGGGCUCCGGAAACCCUAAAAAUCAAACUACCGAAUUAAACCUAGCUAGCUCUCAUGGAUGUAUGGUCGUGGAUCUGUGAACUCACCGACUCCGACAAGUGGGCCGAGUCACACUCCCCACUCGUCUUCGAACUCGCCAGCUCCCGGCCGAGUCGGGACGAGAGUUCCACCCAGUCAAUCCAGCUCAGAGCAUCGCGGUCCUUCGGGGCCGACUCGGACGAGUUCUUGACUUUCUCCGUUUGUCUACAAGGGUUUCGUUCGAGUACCCAGGAGAUGGAGACCAUUAAUCUCUGGGUUUCUGAUGCGUGUCCUCUCUCCUCCGACAAGCCCUUCUUGCCUCUGGUUCUCCAGCUCCUCCAAGAGAUCGUCUCCCGCUCACCCUCCCCGAACAAUAGCACCUGCCCCCGUUCCCAGCUCCAGCAGCUCAAACCCUACCCAGUCUCAUGGUUCUUGGACUCCCACUCAUCCGAGUCGCUCUCGAGCUUCUUCAGUCUCAUCUUCCUCGCGCACCUCUUUUGGUUGUGCGUAUUCGACGCGCCAUCUGAAGUCGGAUCCUUCUACUUCCAUUCCUUGUUAUAUCCGAACCUUAAAACCUUCACGACGUCCAUGCAAGUCCCUAUUCUCCGCACCUUUCUCAUCUUGGUCGGGGUUGACGUGGAGCUGUGCCUCAUGCGCACCAUUGGGUACAUGUUAGCAAAGUGGUUCAUCGUAAGAGAGGUGGGCGCAGGAUUACAAUCUCUAACCCCAUUGCCAUCUGAAAAUCUCGGGUUUUCUUAUGCCACGGAGUCUCACGGGCUCUGGGUGAUGAAAGGCUACUCGCCGAUUUGGGCCAUGACGAGAACUGGCGGCGCCAACGGUCAAAAGAAUCAGUUCAAUAUAAUCGAAGUAAAGGAGUCCGUGCUAAGAUACGCCCUGGCACACCACCAGCUGGAGGCUGUGAUUCAGCUCGAAUAUUCAGUGAAAUUUAACGACGGGUUUAUUCUCGUCAAUGCACGUAUCGAUAAUCUACGCUUCAACAUGGCGAAGUUGGGGUUUCACAAAACUGACGACGACGUUUACGCAGACGAGAGGCAUUUCCCGUCGAGAAUCCGGGUUUGGGUCGGGCCGGAGAUCGGUUCAAGCUCCGCGGCUACCUUGAGCCUGGGACGGUCCACAGAAAACGGGGAGACCCAACACGAGACACAGAAAAUCCUCAAGGGUAGUUUUGGAAAACUGAAAGUCCCGAAGGUGAAGGCGAUGUCAAGGACGUCGACGAAGACGAGGACGAGGAAUUGGAGAUGGGAUCAAGACGCGGAAGGUAACGCGGCGAUUUUUGAAUCGGUUUUUUGCGACAACACGACCGGCACUGAAAUCGCCACGUGGAAGCCGCCCAACGACCGGCCAUCGGAAAAUAGUGUUCGGAAUCGAUACGCCGGGGCUCGUAGGGCUUUCACGAAGUCCGGAGGCUUGGUUCUCGCCGGGGAUGAGUGUGGGGAGAGCGUGGGGUGGAGAUUGAGCAGAGAGAUGGAAGGGAGUGUCUUGAAGUGGAGAAUAGGGUGUCGGGUUUGGGUGAGUUAUUGGCCUAAUUGCAUCAAGACCUCGUACUGGGAGACCAGGUGCGUGGAGUGGUGCGACGAGGUUGAUCUGCCUUUGAUUCCCAAUAGAGUAGCCCAAUAAAAUAGUUAGCUUCAUAAUACUAUUAAGUACUGUGUAAUUGCAUCAGUGAUAAAUCUCACUAAUAUUUGUGUAUUUAUUUGAUAAAUGUGAAUUGUAAACUAUUGCAUGUAAUAAAUUUAUUCACAUAAAGUUUUGGUGCAUUUAGGCAUCUAGAUGAGAUCAUAAGAGAAAUAUUGUGGGGUAGUUUCAA